CUUGUGGGGUUCUGAACAAAUCUUCGCCGUGUAUGGAGAAUGGUCACUGCACGAAACACUUUCCGAAGAAAUUUGUGAGACGUACUACAAUUGAUGGAAGUGGAUUUCCCAUUUACAGAAGAAGAGACAAUGGAAGGAGUGUAAUGAAGAAUGAGACUCUUCUUGAUAAUAGAUUUGUCAUCCCUCAUAACCGUACAUUACUGCUCAAGUAUGGGGCUCACAUUAAUGUUGAGUGGUGUAAUCAAACCCGGGCAGUGAAAUACCUCUUCAAGUACAUUAAUAAGGGUAAUGAUCGGAUCACAGUAGCAUUCUCUGAGGCAUCCGACAAUCGUAAGGUAGAAAAGGUUGAUGAGAUCAAAAUGUAUUACGAUUGUAGAUAUAUCUCUGCAUGUGAAGCGGCUUGGAGAAUCUUUGGAUUUCACAUUCAUUAUAGGGACGUCGCAGUUGAACGUCUAAGCUUUCAUCUCCCUGGGCAACAUAGUGUGUACUAUAAUCCUAAAGAGUCUGUCAGUUCUGUUCUUAGACGUCCUACUAUCCACACUACUAAGUUUCUAGCUUGGAUGCAUGCAAACAGUGUGUAUCCUCAAGCUAGGAGCUUGACUUAUGCUGAAUUUCCUACCAAGUUCACGUGGAAAACCGAAACAAGAGAGUGGGUACCAAGACAAAGAAGCACCGCAAUUGGAAGACUAUACUUCAUGCGACCUGGAGCCGGAGAGAAAUAUUAUUUAAGGAUGCUCCUUGGUGUCGUGAAGGGGGCCAGGAGUUUUGAAGAACUCAGAACAGUUGAUGGAGUCAUACACUCGACGUUCAGAGAAGCUUGCUCUGCACGUGGUAUGUUAAAUGACGAUAAAGACUAUAUAGAUGGACUUAUAGAACAAAGUCAUUGGGCAACAGCGCAUGAACUUCGCGUCACAUUUGUUCAUCUUUUACUACAAGAGUCAUUAUCUAUGCCCAGUAUGGUUUGGGAGAAGUGUUGGCCAUAUCUAUCUGAUGAUAUACUCUACACUAUUAGGAAGAAUCUCAAUGAUCAAGAACUGCAGCUUGAUGAGAAGCAAAUAAAGAAUUAUUGUUUGUUGGAAGUUGAAAAAAUUCUACAACAUCGUGGAAAGUCUCUAUUCUACUAUGACGGAAUGCCUCGAGUGACGGAUCUUGACAUUCCCUCUCUCGAUGAUGUUUUGAUACACGAGGAAUUGAGAUAUGACAGACUUGCUUUGGCGGAGGAACAUGCUAAAUUAAUUUCCGCCUUGACGGAGGAUCAAAGGCGUGUUUAUGAGACAAUAGUGAGUUCUGUAGAGGCCAACCGUGGCGGUGUGUUCUUCUUAUAUGGGCACGGCGGUACAGGGAAAACAUAUCUGUGGAAGACCUUAUCAGCAUAUAUAAGGCAUCAAGGAAAUAUUGUGUUGAACGUAGCUUCAAGUGCGAUCGCAUCAUUGCUCCUUCCAGGUGGAAGAACGACACAUUCCAGGUUCGCUUUUUUGGUUUAAAACUUAUAACUCCAAAUAAAUACUAACAAAAUGAAUUGUAACUUCUAGGUUUAAAAUCCCACUCACAGCAGCAGAAGAUUCAACUUGCAACAUAAAGCCAGGAAGUGCACUUGCGAAGCUAAUUCAAAUGACGAAAUUGAUUAUUUGGGACGAGGCACCCAUGAUUAAUAAGUACUGCUAUGAAGCUCUUGAUCGAACCAUGCGGGAUAUUCUUCGACAUUCAUACGGUUGUGAUGGGAGCAAACCUUUUGGUGGAAAGACAAUUGUCUUUGGCGGAGACUUUAGACAGAUUUUACCGGUAAUUCCAAAGGGUAGCAGGCAAGAAAUUGUGCUGGCGACUUUAAACUCAUCCUUCAUUUGGCCCUUUUGCAAGGUACUAAGGCUAACGAAGAACAUGAGAGUGCGAAGUGGAUCAGACGAUGUUAACUCUGCAUACAUAAAAAGGUUCAUUGAUUGGAUUUUAAAGAUAGGGGACGGAGUUCUAGGUGACAAUGAGGAUGGAGAAUCAUAUAUUGACAUACCUGAAGAAUUCCUCGUGCCUUGGAUUUCUGAUCCAGUUACUUCUAUUGUCCAGAGUACAUAUCCCAAUUUCUUAGCACAAUGCACAUCACCAUCAUAUUUAAUGUCAAGAGCAAUACUUGCGCCAACAGUUGACGAGGUGGACAAGGUUAAUGAUUACAUGCUCGCACAACUACCAUCAGAGAUGAAGAUAUAUUUCAGCUCCGAUUCUGCAUCAUUAUCUGAUUCUGAUAGUAGUUUGUUGCAAGAGAUCCAUUCUCCAGAAUUCCUUAAUGGAAUCAAAUGUUCCGGAGUACCUAGCCAUGAGCUCAAAUUAAAAGUGGGUGCCCCUGUGAUGCUUAUGAGGAAUCUUGAUCAAUCAUUGGGUUUGUGUAAUGGCACUCGACUUUUAGUGACCCGACUUGGAAAGCAUGUUAUUGAGGCCCAAAUGUUGUCAGGGCCAACUGCCGGCCAAAAACAUUUCAUUCCCCGUCUUACCUUGACUCCUUCUGAUGUCAGACUGCCAUUCACCUUUCAGCGUAGACAAUUCCCUCUGAUGGUUAGUUAUGCUAUGACUAUAAAUAAGAGUCAGGGCCAGUCAUUGGAAAAUGUGGGGAUAUUCUUACGGCGACCGGUUUUCACCCAUGGGCAGCUUUAUGUUGCUGUAUCAAGAGUCACGAGUCCAACUGGUUUGAAGUUUUUGAUAUGUGACGAUAAUGGUAGACCGACAAACUCCACUUUAAAUGUUGUAUACAAAGAGGUCUUUAACAAUUUGUAAUAUAUGCAAGUACCAGGGAAAGAGCCACACUCUCUAUCUGUCAGAUUGGGAUUAUAUUCCAACUUACAUCCUCCCAACGUACUGUUCGGUCGGGGUUGGGGGGCUCUCAAGGAUGAGGUGUCAUCCUUUUUUUUUGUAAUCAACAGACCACGUAUCCCGUGCUGCGCAGAUGAACAGUAGCCCACCAAGUAGACGCGGAAUCUCACGGAGAGCCUCCAACAACCGUCCAAAAUCACUUUUGACCGUCGGAAUUGGCCGGGAAUUGCAGAAAACCGUCGCCGGUGAACAGUACCCGCUGCAACCGCUAUUUCAUUUCUCCGGCUACAGGCAACCCCAGCGGUAGGAAAGUAAAUGCGUAGGUGCGCCCAGAGAUGGCGAACCCCGAUCUACCUUCCUCUUCAAAUUGAUCAGUGUAGUUCCGAUUCCAAGGUUUUGCAAUGAACAGAGCUUAUGCUUUUUUAUUUUCUAGAAAAAAAAAUCGAAAAUAGCUCAAAAAAUCCCAAAAUUACAAAACCCCUAAUAGGCUUUCAUUGAUGAUUCUACUUAAAUUUAUGAAGGGAGAAUUUGAAUUUGCACAUCAUGUUUUGGGUGAUAUUUGACUUUGCACCCCAUUUUUAAAAUUAUUAAUGUAUGCACCCUAUUAGCCCAAAAAUUGUGAAGGAGUGGGGUGCAAAGUCAAAUGAUUUUAUAGUAAAUUGGGGUGCAUACAUUAAUGAUUUUGAAAAUAUGGUGCAAAAUCAAAUAUCACUCAAAACAUGGGGUGCAAAGUCAAAUUCUCCCAUUUAUGAAAAUCUGGCUUAAGUGCUUGAAUUGACUGAUUCUUCUGAUUUAUGAAACAAAUUAUAAUGAAAAUAUAUUUUAUUAAUUAAAUAAAGAAAAAAAAGGAAAAGUAGCUAAAAUAAUCCUCUAUAAUAACUUCGGUCAAUAAAGUCAGAAAAGUAAUUUCAACCUUAUUUUUUCUUAUUGUUACACAAUUCAACGUGCGAAAAAAAACGUUAUAUGUUUGAUGAAAAAGUUAGAUCAUAAAUCUCAUAAACAGAAAAAUAUGGUUACGGACUAGUAAUCUUAAGGAUUUCCGAAUAAGAAAACGGAUGAAAAAGCUCUCGUAAUACUGAGGAUAAUCGUACGAGAGACAACAACCUAGAAGUUUGAAAAAGUUUUUCCAAAAUCUAGUGGGAGGCUCUCAACUAGGUUGCAUUGAUUGUCUCAU